AUGGAGUCAAAACUCUCUUUAGAACUUUCCGCUCGAGAAAAGCGUCUGGUCUGGACAGAAACAGUACUGUUCGCUAUUAUUAAUGUGGGAGCCUUCUUUGGAAACCUUUCAGUUUGUUACGCUGUUUAUAGAAACCACAGACUUCGAACGCUUGCAAAUAUGUUUGUUGUAGCGCUGGCGGUGAGCGAUAUUUUAAUGUCUACUUGUUGUAUGCCUUUCUCAGUUGCCACGUUAGUCCGCGGCAGGUGGAUUUUUGGUCAAGAUUUCUGCCGAUUUCAUGGCUUUGGUGUUUUUACAUUUGGUCUGGCUUCUCUUCACACCAUGGGAAUAAUCGCACUUAGUAGAUACUUCUGCGUGGUCAAACCAGAAAAAUACAUUGUGAUCUUUAAGACUCGACAGACUUUGGCAUAUAUUGCCGUCGUUUGGAGUGCUGCUUUAAUCGGAUCUGUGCCUCCGUUUUUCUUUGAAAAUGGCGGAUUUGAGUUCCAGCCUGGAAAAGCAAUGUGCCUGUACACUUUUCAAACCAACAUCGCGUACACAGCGUUCAUAGAAUGCGUGUACGUAGCAACGCCUUUAACUCUCAUCACGAUUUGCUAUGCUAAAGUAUUCUUCACUGUUUCACGAUCAAAUCAGGUUUUCUCCCAUGAAAACAACCCCCAGCAACUAAGAGCAAACGUGGAGGAAGCAAAAGUUACCAAGACUUUAGCAGCUGUUAUGGCUGGUUUCGCGUGUUGCUGGCUUCCAGUUUGCAUCAUCGAUUAUAUUGACGCCGCGCGUGGGGAGCCCACUCUGCCUCGACAGUUAUAUCUGACAUACGGGUUUUUGGUAUAUUUGAGUAGCACUAUAAACCCCUUCAUCUAUGGCGCUACGAAUAAGCACUUCCGGCGAGAGUAUCGGAUUAUUUUGAAAAAGGUGCUUUGCUUGCAUGGGCGCCAGUGCACGGGGAUGUCCGAAAACGUUUCUGGAACCGAACCUCUUAAAAGCCGGAGAGGACAGACCUCACAACCAACUACAAAUUUAGUGUCAGUCGCUAUUUAGGUAAGGGACAAUAAAGAUAAAGAUAUGCCUUAAACUUCGCGCUGUCAAAGUUAAUUACAUAGGCAAAUGACUUUUGAGACUGUAGAUGACAUCAUCUUGAGUAAUUCUAGUUAAUUUUUAUGUUCGGCUGUUUUUCAAAAGUCCACCAAAUUUGGUAUCUUUUUGGGUGUGUCAGAUCAAAAAUUAUCCUUCUAUUGGAAAUAAUUGCCUUGAAUUUCAUAGUUUUGUCUUAGAGUUAUGCCGGUAAGUUAAGGGAAAUUGAUGAUACGCUUUUCAGUUGUAUACCGGUACUAGACCAGAUAGCCUGUUGUAACUGUCAAGAUAAUAAUUGUCACCUGAACUGAUUCUUAGGCGCCAGUUUGAUUUCUUUACGUUGGCAUUUACUGCUAAUGCCCCCAUUAAUAAUUCCACUAUCAGAAGUAAAAUAUUUAACUCUCUAUUUCAAGCUAUUAUCGGCCACUAGCAUCGUGAAACGAGGGUUAAUGAUUAUUUAGAGCCGUAACUUAUUUGCUAUGUAGUGACGAUCCCAACUAGAAUGCAAGUUUAGACAAAUAUAGAUUCAGUUUACAAUUAGCGUUUUUCAUUCUUCAUUCAAAAGCACGUUAGUUAAUUAUCAAACUUUGAAAAGUGAAUAUGACAAAUAAAAUAUCACCUUUGCGACGAUCUUUGGAAAUUUAACUCAGUUGGCCUCGUUAGAGCCUGCACUACCACUAUUCAUUCUCAGGUUACGCCAAUCUCCUUUCAGAUUGCGUUUGUCAUCUACCAUGCAAGGUCCGCUCUUUGAAAUGUUUCGCUUUAGAGAAUUAUAGUGGGAACAUUGUAAAUGUGUAUGCAAAAAUUAUCUACAGAAAGUAAUCGAUAAAAAAUGAAAAUUAAAGGAAUAAUGCACCUUAUUUGAGAGUCAAUGAUUUAACAGCAAAGUACUAAUUGAGGGUUUACAUCCUCUAUUUACGGGCGACAAGAGGAGCCCGCAGACUAUUCAUGAUCAGCGACACUUUCUUAGUGUAUAGCGGGGGUUUUGGCAAAAUCUGUCCACAUUCUUGGGAUGCUUUUGUUCUUCCAACUAAUAUGCACGGCAUGUGGCCAUGAACUGGCCGAGAAGGCCCAGGUGUUGAGCGCAAGGUCGGUGCUCUCGUGAAAGUCAACACGAAAACUUGAGUGCACCAUCAACGUUUUCCAAGGUGCUGAUGCUGCAUUUUUCGUUGCAUGCUGUGAAGUUGGCGAACAUUGACAAGACGGAAGUCGAGAAAGAGCGAUAAUCUUCGCAAGGACAUGCAACAAUUUUUGUUUGUUUUGAAAACACGUAGUCAGCGUAUUUUAGGUAUGCACGUAUUGCAUCAAAUGCAAGAUUUUUCCAUUCGCCUUGUUGCCGAAAAUCUAUUUACCAGGAGCAGAGCCUGAUCUCAGCUUAGUGUGGGACGAGCCUUGGUAAGGUAAGUGAUUGCACACCCUAUAAAUCCAUGUAAGUUAAGCUUAUUCAGGUUACACUUCAGUUGUUUUAUAUUUUAUGUGUUUUCAAGCAUGUUUAUCUGACACUUAAUAAGCUUUAAACUUAACUUUUUCAUGAGUCACUGUUACAUCUCAAUGACCUUUGGUCACCAAAUACCGAACAUUAAUUGAUGAGUAAUAAGAGUUCGUGCCUUGAGUUCGUGCUGUUAUGACUGUUCAUUUCACGUCGAGCGUUGUCACGCAUUAGAGAGAUUAAGAUUCACGUUUACCGCAAACGGCAAACUUCAGACUCAAGUUGAGAAUUUCUCAGGAUAGAAAAUAAGCAGAUAAAAACAGUCCCGAACGAUUCCUAUGGUUAACACUGGCAUAAAACUACUUAUUUUUGCGUAGAAGCAAUAAAGAAUAAGCGGAAAAUAUGGGGAAAACUUGGUCAAGUGGUACAAAGUUAUGUUUGCCGUUUGGCGUAAACGUGAAUCUUAAUCUCUCUAUUAUCUCAGCGAAUUCAGCCGUCUCUCCUCAGUCGCUGCUCAUCGUUCGCAAAGCUACCUAUAUCUAAGCAAUAAUGUGAAUAAAAUAGUUGAAUUUAAUAAAAGUCUUGUUUACAGUGUUGUUCAAUUCAUCUUCCACGUUCAUGAUCCGCCGUGAUUCCUUCUACUGAUGCUGAAACUUUUAAAUAUGGCCUUUUUAUUCACGUAAACAAUUGUGAAAGCGGUCCUCAACAUCAAUCGCACCUCAAGGUAAACGCUCAUGUUCGCACACACUACCUAACCGUUGGUUACUGCUGUUGUAGUUAACAGAGACGGGAUCGGGACCUCCAUUUUACUCGGUCAUCCGAGCAACGCGAGGGUUUAGCUGUAGGCCUAGCUAGUACUUUCAUUUCUCAGUUGUUUUAAGACCCAGAGUAUUGCUCCGGUCCCUAUCGAAGCCGCCAUGACGAAAUGUCGGCUGUUUUCUUAGGCUAAAAACUUACCUUUCGCUCUGUAGUCGAGCGCUUUACCGACUGAGCUGCCGAGAGUUCAUGAAAGUUAGGCCUAGGCCAAACGUAGAACUUUUCAUGAUACGAACCAAAGUCUUAUUUGGGUCGACAUAAAUUAAGUUGUAAGUUAAGAUCGUCUGUUUGGUCAGGUCUCCAAAACAAUUUUUCGGCCCUUCGGGGCUCAGUUUGCACAAAAGGUAGGUGGGGUGGGGGGGGGGGAGCGGGUCCCCUCCCUGGAUCCGCUACUGUUAACUCACUAAUUUUGGUUUGUCUUAUGAAAAGUUUGACGUUUGGUCUAGGCCAAAGCCACUAACAACUCUGUUUUGCACCUGCAACUUGUAUUUCAACUGAGAUGAGACAGCUCAGCGAAAUGUCAUUAACUUUAGGGAAUAUGAUAACUUAUGCUAAAAGAGAUAAACGGAUUGACAAAUAAAAAAAGUUUUAUAUUUCCUUAGGUACGAGUUCAAAGGAUGCGAAUCUGAUAUAAAAUAUUUAAACAAUCAAAGACAGCCUAACAUACUGCUCUGUCAUCGAAAACCUCGAUUUUCUGGACUUUCAAUAUUUAAUUCCAAGACUUGAUCAAAACAGCGAGCUAAAAAUAAAUUUUCAUGGAGCAAACUAAUUUACUUAUUUGGAACACUUCCACUUUUAAAAGUUGGAACGUUAGUGUUGACAUUAACAGAUCCGUUUAAUUAUUUUGACUUUAACAUGAAGACUUCGCUUACUCUUGCGCUUUAUGCAAGGCCAACCCACUUGAUAUGGAUUGAAACGUUUCUUUUUUCAGUGAUGAACGUAGCAGCUUUUAACGGAAAUCUGUUCGUUUGUUAUGCUGUGUACAGAAACAGAAGACUUCGUACAAUUCCAAAUAUAUUUGUUAUAGCACUGGCAGCGAGUGAUAUCUUGAUGUCGACUUUUUGUGUGCCGUUUUCAGUUGUCGCACUUGCUCGCGGCCAUUGGAUUUUUGGUGAAAGUUUUUGCCAGUUUCAUGGUUUUGGAGUUUUUACAUUUGGCCUGGCGUCUCUUCACACCAUGGGAAUUAUCGCAAUUAGUAGAUAUUUCUGCGUGGUAAAACCAGAUAAAUACGUUGUGUUGUUCAAAACAAGAAAGACAAUGACAUACAUUGCCGUCGUGUGGGGAGCGGCUUUACUGGGAUCGGUGCCUCCAUUUUUCUUUGAAAAUGGCGGAUUUGAAUUCCAACCAGGAAAAGCGUUGUGCCUGUACACUUUUCAAACGAACAUUGUGUACACCGCUUUUAUUGAAACCGUGUAUGUGGCAACACCCUUUGUAUUCAUAAUAAUCUGCUAUGUCAAAGUAUUUUACACAGUUUCGUCAACAAAUCGAAUCUUUUCAGCCAAGACGAACCUCCAUACGUUAAGAGCAAAUAUAGAAGAAGCGAGAGUAACUAAGACGUUAGGAGCGGUAAUGGUUGGUUUUGCGUUUUGCUGGCUUCCAGUUUGCAUCAUCGAUUAUAUUGACGCUGUGUACAGGGUACCCACUUUACCGCGACAGGUGUAUCUUACAUACGCGUUCUUGAUCUAUUUGAGCAGCACAAUAAACCCCUUCAUAUAUGGUGCAACUAACAGGCAUUUCAGGAGAGAAAGUAAAGUUAUUCUAAGGAAAGUAUUUUGUCUGAAAUCAUCCUAA